UCACCGCGGACACCGCAGCGGGGUCAGCGCCGGCCCAGGCCGAUGCGGCGGCGCGGGGCCUGCGGGCUCGGGCUGGAGCAAUCUGCAGGAUGUGCGCCAGAGCUUCCAGCAACACUGAGUGACAAUAACUCUGUCAAACUGAAAAGUGAUCCUUCACCUCCUGUGCAAUGGUGUAAGGUGGCUGCACAUGAAGAUGAGAAGACCAAGCUGGUUUUUAAAAGAAUUCUUGCACUGUUUGUGGUUGGAGGGUGCUUCCUUUAUAUCCUCAAAUUACAUUUUGGCCCUGAGGAAUGUGACAGAACAAAAAUGCCGUAUGUGGACCUCGAUCGUGUAAGGAGGGCACAGCAAUUUGCCAGCGCCGUACUGCAGGAGCAGUGCCGACCUUCUUACGCGAAGAAAGAGAUGGAAAAGUUGUUUGCAGAGAAAUACAGCAUGGACAUAUCUCCCUUUGUGAGGAAAAAUAUAAAUGAAGAUGAAGCUUUAUUUAAAUAUGAACCUCCUUUUGGAUUUCACAAGUUCUUUGAUACACUUAAAGAUCUCCUUGAACUCUUACCUGAGCAUGAUUUACCAGAAGAUUUGAAGUCAAAGCACUGUAAGCGUUGUGUUGUUGUUGGCAGUGGUGGAAUUCUUCAUGGAUCAGAGCUGGGUCACUUAUUGAAUCAGUUUGAUAUUGUUAUAAGGUUAAACGAUGCACCAGUUCAAGGUUACACAGAUCAUGUUGGUAACAAAACAACAAUACGGAUGACUUACCCCGAAGGAGCCCCCUUUUCUGAACAUGAGUAUCCUCCUGCAAGCUUGUUUGUGGCUGUUCUGUUUAAAAGAGUUGAUUUCAACUGGCUUCAAGCCAUAGUAAAAAAUGAAACCUUGCCUCUGUGGGUGCGACUCUUUUUUUGGAAGGAGGUUGCUGAGAAAAUUCCUUUCACAUCAAAGCAAUUUCGGAUUCUGAAUCCAGUCAUUAUCAAAGAGACAGCUUUUGACAUUUUACAGUUCCCUGAGCCUCGAUCAAAAUUCUGGGGUUGGGAUAAGAAUGUACCUACAAUUGGGGUCAUAGCAGUUGUUCUGGCCACACAUUUGUGUGAUGAAGUGAGCAUAGCAGGAUUUGGAUAUAACCUGGAUCAGCCCAGCACACCUUUGCACUAUUACAACAACCUCUGCAUGGCUGCCAUGAAAGAACAAUUUAUGCACAAUGUGACAAGUGAAACAAAAUUCCUGCAAAAACUGAUCAAAGAAAAAGUUGUCAAAGACCUCACUGGAGGGAUACACUGUGAAUUCUGCAGCAAAGACAGCUAGUGACUGACUUGCAGCAUGGAUAGAUUUGUUACAUUUCCAGAGGUUCAGCUGGAUCAACCCUUUCCCUCUCUUUAGUUCUAUAAAGUGUACAUGAAAUGGAUGUGGAGUCCCUGCUGCCUUUUUUAACGUCGUGUUCAAGUUGUUGGACUUUUAAAUUAGUUUCCCUGUCAGAUUUUACUUUGCACAUUUCUGUGAAUAGCUAUGUAAAUAUGAUUCAGAGUUGAAAGACAUCCAUUUAAAGUAUUUAAUGUUUUAAGUUGUCUGAAUAAAAGCAGGUUUUUUUGUUUUCAAAUGUA